AUGUCUCCACUCGAUAUCUUCCAUGAUGAAGCCUUUACUUCAGUCAUUCUCAAGUUUCAAAACCUCUUUACUUCCAAAAAAUCAAAAAAGAAUCAACAAGAAAAAUCUAAUAAGAAAUCUUCUACAAUGACUAAACUUGAAAGUGUUAACACUCUCAAGUCAACUCUCCAAAUUGAUACCACUAACAGUUCCUAUUCAAAUUCAUCAUCAUCAUCUAGUAGUUCAUCUUCACCAUCAUCCUCAUCAUUAUCAUCAAAUGGUUCACCAUCAUCAAAUAAGAAGAAGAGAACUAAACCAAAUUUAACAAUCAAGACAACAAAUAAUGCUAGUAGUAAUGGUAGUAGAAAAUGCAAUGCAAACUUUGUCAUUCCAAAGGAACAUCACUUGACAGAACAUUUAUCAGGUGAUGUUAUUCAAGAUGUUUUUCUUGAUUGGGUUUAUUCUACUGCCUAUUCUAAAUUUUAUUAAGUAUUAUGAAAGAAUGAUAGUUGCCAAUAAUAAUAAUACUAAGAAGAAUUUAAACUUGUAAAUAUUUAAUAAUACGAAUGUGUAAAUAGAAAGUACUACUGACAAUUUUAAAGAGUGUCAGAAUUUAGUACCACCACGAAUCUAAAUAAAUUAUUUUUCAAACUUUAC